AUGACAGACCUACCUGGAGCUCUGCUAGCUGGCAGCAACAAACGUGGGAUCUUGAACCCCCACGGUGGCGAGUACGGCAUAGUAAGGGAGGGUCUGCUCCGUGUGGACCCCAGCCACGACGAGGCCCGCCAUCAUGGCCGCCGCGAAGCCGCUCAGCCAAGGUUUGGUCUGCUCCUGGAACCUUAGCGCGGUUGACUUGACGCCCACCUUGACGUCAUCCUCCUUGUCCUAAACAACAGCCAGCACCUGAUGCGCGUAAAUGGUGUCGUAGAUCAACGUCCACAUCACUCCGGAGAAGUACAGCGGGAGACAGACGGACCAAUCACAGCAGCCCUUGACAGCGGACCAGCCGAGCAGCGCCCCCCAGUUGAAGGUGAGACCUGCACGGAAGCAACACAUAAUAACAACAAUAACGACUGCCGAUGUGUUCUGCACCAUACCGAGCAUGAACUGUGGCCAAUAGGUGAUCCUCUUCAUCAGGGGGUAGGUGACGACCAGAGACAAGGAGGCGGCCCCCAGAGCGAUGCUAUACCUGUAAUAGUUGAGGCACAGGAGAACGCCGAGAGCGAGAGACAGCUGCCCUCCCAGGAACACCAAAGCCUGCAGGCGAGUAAUCUCCCCCGCCGCAAUGGGGCGAGUGGCCGUCCGGGUCACCUGUGCAACGAUAUUUUCAUCUUCAAGAAACAAGACAGCUCAGAGCACUGCAUGUGUGUCUGUCUGAUGCAAAAGGACAUUGACAUGAUGCACAACCAAGCUGCUACUCAAGAGCACAUGAGCCAGUCUUUCCAGUGUAGUCAUUGUAUACUCAGGUUCAAAACCAAGGUCUUCUUAUUCGAACACCUCAACAACGUGCAUGGCUACCAUUUACAAGAAGCUGCCAGAAGUGCUGGUUUUACUAAUAAUGCCAAGAGCGACGCCUUGGAAAGCACCCCAGAAGGAAGCCAGCAUGGUAGUUUUGAAACCGGUCGCCUGGAGGUUUUGAACAUACAGGAGCUUAAUCAGGAGGAAAACAGCAAUAACUUGGACGAAGAAGUUUUCAAAAUCCAAGAGCUCAUAUCAGCAGACCAGGAGACAGACGCUGAAGAGGCGGAUGAGCUUCCUACCUCAAAAACGAAAGACUCGUCGAAGGAUUGGAAGACCUACGAGAAGCCAUUACAGACCACCUCCAUUACCAACUACUUUGUAGUAGGCCCUCAGUCAAAUGAGACACCCUCCGAGAAGUCAAGCGAUGACGACAAAGGGAGCAGCAGCAGUAGUGACAGCAGCAGUGACUUUAAGGGAGACGCCGCUGCAAACCCCCUCGAUAUCGCCAACAAAAUGACGUUCUUGCAAUACGACCACCUUUACGAAGCUGAUCUUACACCACCGAUAGAUCAAGUCAAAGAGCCCACCAAUGGGAAAAAGGCAAACAAAAAGACAAAUGAAGCAGAGGAGAAGAUUCUUCCGGUGCUGGAGAACAAAACCACACUGGAACCGUCGGACAGGAAAGAGCUGUCCUUUGAGGUAAGCGAAGAUGACGAAGAAAACGCAGCUGUGAACCCCCGGAGUUACCUUUGCAAGCAUUGUAGCCACAAAGAUAAGAGCCUAAAACGCAUGCAUGCUCAUUAUCACAAAGUCCACCCUUACGUACGAUAUCGCUCAAACUACAUUCAAGAUCCCAGCGAUCGCAGCGCUACCUUUCGAUGCCUCGUCUGUCCGGUUGACUUUUCCAGCGAAGUCGACCUCAAGAAGCAUUACAGCGACGCGCACACGGGGGCUCCAGAUAUUUUCUCGCUGCAGCGCCAUCAGCUAGGCCUGCUUUUCAAAUGUUUUAGGUGUGCAUUUACCGCUGAUGCAUUGGAUACGCUCAAAGAGCACUACAGAGAAAUGCAUCCAACAUACAAGGCCCUGAAAUCAUUGAUGUUCUUCAAAUACUUGCCCACCCAAUGCCAAGAAGGCCCGCCACAGUUUAAGGAGCGCGAUAAGACACCCAGUUCAGCAAAACCGCCACGCUCCUGUCCUGAGAUUGGGUCAAAUGUCGCCUCGUAUCGAUGCCACGUCUGUCAUUUCAGCCACACGUCUGUUAUUGUCAUGCAUGUCCACUAUCAAAAAAAUCACCCGGAAGAAGAGGUCACAUUUGACAGAAUAAAGCAACUUGCUUGUGCAACGUCUCAGUCGGCCAAGAAGAUGCCGGAAGAUCAAAUCUCCGCCAGAGAAGCAGACAAAGUGAAAAGAAAAAGCUCACAUUCACUCAUGAAGCCGCCUGAAGCCCAUUCAGAGGCUCCUCCCACCAAGAAAGUCAAGUCCUCAGAGGACAGAAAUGAAGGAAGCGAUUCAUCGCCUCAACUUAGAACACAACCGACCGAGCACACACAAAAAGCUGUAGAAGGAACCUUGAAGCAACAUGCCAAGGCAAAGCUCCAGAAACUCGUAGCAAAGGUUUCGUCAAGAACUACCUCGAAACCCAGUAAACAAAUGAAAUCCAGCAAGGAAGAACUUAAGCAAGACGGCGACAAACCUGCCACUUCACUUUCACAGUUCAACUCUUACGCUAAUGCCCAGGAUUUGUUUUACUGCUAUAAAUGCAACUACGGGAAUCCUUCUGUUAAAGGAGUAAAAGCCCAUCAAGUCCAAAUACAUCAAAACAUUCACACCAGUAAUGAAAGUAUAGUCGCUUAUACAUCUAAAAUUCACGAUCAGUUAGAAAAAUCAAGAGCUCAAACUAAAGAUCCGUCUUUUUCCCCUUCGCUGCCGCUUCCUCUCUUGAAGAAAGGAGAGGAAAAUAUGUUUUUCUGCCACUUCUGCAACUACAGACGACGCGCCAUGUGCGAGGUCAUCCAUCACUACAUCAGAAGGCAUCCUGGAUUCGAGGCCACGACGGAAGAAAUCCAGCUGUACACGUCUGCGCUUCUCCAAAAGCUGCAGGUAACACCUCAGGAGGCGACAGAAGCGGCAGAAGUUGGAGAAGCAAGCGAGGAAUCUGUUGAGGAACCACACAAUAAAACCGCAAAAAUCAAAAUAUCCAAAGACUCUCAGAAGCGCAAGAGCCUUCAGUGCCGCGACUGCAUUUACAAGACCCACAGCGCAAGUCUUUUCAGGAUCCAUGUACAGAAAUGCCACCGGGUGAAUAACUCAAGCUCGGGGGUUUUAAAAGUUUACCUGAAGCAAGAAAACGUGCAGUCAGGCUAUCGGUGCGACUUGUGCUCUUUCGCCCACAAGAAAUCAAUCAUGUUGUAUAAACACUAUCGUCAAGAACACCCCGAAAGUCGAUCCGGCCUGGAUUUUAUCACUACCAGCUUACAGGACGGCCACAAAGCGUCUUCCGUCAAGAAGAAAAGCCGAAUAAAGCGAGAGCUUGACAGCGGGGAUGAAACUGAUGGUCCUCUGCAAAAUGAAACCAAGGCGUAUUCAUGUCGGGCGUGUUCGUUCAAAGGGACCUCUGUGGCAAGCAUCGAAGACCACUACUGUGCCGUCCAUCCCUGGUGUGUGAAAGAUGACGGUUCGGUCCCGAGCGCCAGCGGCAGAAAGAAGUCAAAUGGCAGCAAAAGCGAGGAAGAUCGCAAGGAAUUUUUUGACUCCUUUGACGACUACCAAAUUCCUCUCGACUUUGAAAAGUCGUCCUCUGUGUCUCCCGAACCCGACGUAUCACCACCCCCUCCGCAUGGUAACGAUGCUCCCCGCGGGACAAAAGAAACAAAACCUGCAGCUGGAAGUACUGCCAAACAACCAGAUCACAUCCGGAAGCGUGUGCAUGUCUUCAAGUGUACGUACUGUUCCUACGUGAACACCAAGCGUCAAGGGGUGCUCACUCACUGCCAAAUGAGGCACACGGACCUCAAGUCCAGAGCGGAGAGUCUUCACGUGGAUGAAAAACAUGUGCGCGAUUGGGGGGACUGUAUGAAAAGAAAAGGACAUUGGGACAUGCAUAAGCCAUUUCGGGGCCAUAUUUGUAAACUCUGCCCGCGAAUCCAUGCGACCGUGGAGAAUCUGAAAAAACACUACGAGAGGGACCACGAUGAGGCUCCUCCACCCGACAUCGAGGCAGAUGUAGGGAAAGCUAAGCAAAAGAAGAUCCCGAAUAACUCCAUUUCCUUAUACAAGAAUAAAAUCACACUAUUCAGAUGCCAGCAAUGCGCCUACACCUGCAGCACUAAGAUAGCAUUUGGUCGACACAUGCGCUUUAAGCACAAAAACGCUGCUCUUCAGGAUUGUAGGUACAAUUGCGUCCUAUGUUCCAAUUCCUACUUCAAGAAGAAACGUCUUGGAAUCCAUUAUACUACCAAGCACGGAAAGGAUGCCUUCCAAAAAUACUUCAUACCGCUACAUGAGCAUGCUCCGGAGCAGCCACCGCAAACAUCUGCCGGCAGUCCACAGCCGCCAGAAACGGAUACCAACUCGAGCGUUGUUUCCAAAUUGAAAAAACUAGUCUUCAGGUGUCCGUGUUGUCCUUAUGUCAAUUCCCGCUACCAUGGAAUGUCCAUUCACUGCCAAAUGCUCCACGCAGACUUUGCAGUCAAGAUCGAGGAAUUUGUUAAGGAUGAAAUUUUUAUCAAAAGCAGUUACCAGUCGGGGACCAACAACAAAAGAGGCUACUUGUGUAAUGUAUGCCUGGGAAUAUAUGUAUCGCAGAAGAAGCUGAGCAUCCACCGUGCGAAAAAACAUAGCCCGGAUGCACUUCAGACAGCUUCCCACCGUGCUGCUGCUACUGAAAAUGAAAAACCUGCAUCCAAAGAUCAGGAUUCUCUGGGUUCGCUAUCAGACACUCCAGCACAGAGUGAGAGAGAUGCCCAAUCGGACGCUCAUCGGAAAAAGGCGGCGGAUCAUCAUCGCCCGUACAGGUGCUCACUUUGUCCUUACUCAUCGCAGAUACGAAAGCGUCUUGCGGGGCAUUACACCAAAGAACAUGGAAAGGCCGCCUUCCACAAACACUUUGCCCAGCAGUACCUGUAUCAACAAUCGGAAAAAGCGCAGCCGGCGUCUCCAGAGGACAUCGUGACGGAGGAACAGGAAGACGGGGCCCAACAGUCAAACACGGUAGAACCUGAGGGGAUGACCUACAAGUGCCGAAUAUGUGACUAUAAAACAGGAGCUCGAAGGUACCUGACGUAUCACUACAAUAAGACUCACCAACUGGACGCAGUCACCAGAUACAAGCUGCUAAAGGAGUACAACAAACGCAGAAGAAGCCCUCCCCCCCAACUGCUUAAAGAGUUGAACGAGAGCUCUGAUGACCAGCUGCCGAAAGAUUUGGAGGAGCGCUAUGACGAUAACUGCGAGACGAAAGAUUUGGAGGUGCGCUCUGACAAUAAAUGCAAGAAGUGCCCCGACUUGGCCUUUGACUCACCGCAGAUGCUGCUUGCCCACUACAAUAGCGUGCACCGCGCCAACAGGCGUUUGGAUUUCACUAUAAUAUAUCCACUGGGCCGCUCGACAGGCGUUUACAGAUGCACCCGCUGCCUCAAACAGAUGAAUGGAAUUAGAAAACUGUGGCACCACCUGGAUCUCCACCGGGAUAAAAUAUGGUUGAAGGCCAAAAAGAGGAAGGCACAAGCUUUCUCGGCAAAACCAUCACGGGCCAAACAAGAUGAUCGGCAGGUGUCUGAGACGGCGCAGGAGGUCUCUGAAGGGAACGUAUUGCGAGAAGAACACGGCUUGGCUUUGCCCUCCAAACCCGUGGAGGAAGAGCAACAGGACGCGGAAUUCGGAAGCGAGACUCACGGAUGCGCACAUUGCCAGCGAGCGUUCAAGUCGCUGAACGGUUUGCGGACGCACGAGCGUAGCCAUGCAACGCUGGCAGCCCUCAAGAAGCUGCCGUCGACACAGUCACAGCUCAGCCUCAACAAGUAUCUCCUCCACAAGCCUGGGACAAUCAGGCCUUUCCAGUGCAGAAUCUGCUUCUAUCGGACCAAUUUGAUAGGCCUGUGGAACAACCAUUUGCUGAAGAAGCACCUAGAUGUCAUCAUACAGACCUCUGAAACCGAUGACCAAGAGGAGACUCGCAGCACUGAGAGCGAUCGUCCACCGUUAUGCCAUGACCAAGCGCCCAAAAAUAAUGAAGGGCGUACUAAAGACUGGUACUUGGAGCCCCCGGAGGUGCGGCGUCAGCUGAGCCACCUAAGCCUGAUGGCGCAAAACGGAGCCUCGGCCGAAGCCCACAUGCAUGCCACCAGGGUAACGGACAGCGGCCCCUUUCACUGCGAGUACUGCGGUUUCAUUUCCGAGAGCCUGGCCAGCCUGCGGCGACACUACAUGAGUCGCCACGGCAGGAAGUUGUUCCGGUGCAAGGACUGCGACUUCUUCACCGGUUUAAGGAAAACCCUGAAGAUGCACAUGGAGACAGACCAUACCACCUUCCAAAAAGAACCUCCUCCCCACGACGGUGUCCGCUGCCCGUUCUGCCUCUACCAGACCAAGAACAAGAACAACAUGAUCGACCACGUCCUUUUGCAUCGUGAGGAACGCGUCGUCCCCAUGGAGGUGCGGCGCCCGAAGCUGUCGCGCUACCUUCACGACGUUGUCUUCCGCUGUCACAAGUGCACGUACACAAGCGCCAGCGCCGAGAACCUGCGCUCGCACGUGGCCAAGCACGACGAUGUCAAGCCCUACAGGUGCCGCCUGUGCUACUUCGACUGCGUUAAGCUGAGUGCCUUGGAGGCCCACCUGUGUAAUAAGCAUCAAGUUGUGAGGAACCAUGAGCUCGUGGGUCAGGUGAACUUGGACCAGCUAGAGAUGAAGGUCAACAGGAAGACAGAUGAGGAGGAGGGGCAGGAUGAAGAGGAGGAGGACGAGGAGGAGGAGAGAUCCAGUGUGGAUCACCAGAACAUGGAAACUGAGGAUGUUUUUACAGAUUUAAAAGAAGAAACACAGGAGAGGGAAGGUAGGAAGCUUGCGGAGGAUGUUGUGAGGAUGAAGGAAAGCAAUUGUGUAGAUGCGAAGAUGCAGGAGGAGGAGGGGAGAGAGACAUUCAGGACAAACGCAGAGGAACCAGAGAACAAUUCCGCCCUUCAAAGUGAUCACAGAAGCUCAUUCAGAACGACAGAACAAGACGAAGAAGGAAAGGAGGAUGCGGUGGCGGAGGGGAGCUCCAAGAAACGCCACAAGUUGAAACUAAAGUCCCUCAAGGACAAGACACUGGACAUCGAGGCGCAGGUGGAAAAGGACAUCCUGCGCCACAUCCUGCAGCUGGACGAGGACAGCGACCUCCACAAGCCGCACAGGAAGGUGGCGCAGGAGCGAAGCAUUGGCGUGCAUCAGAUCCUCUUCCAGGAUGACGAACCCGGGAGGGACAUCAAGCGGGAAUUCGACUGUGAGAGCAGUCCUUUGAGGGAAGGCGUGUCCUUGAAAAGCUCCACAGACGAUACAGCCAACAAAAGGAAGUUGGGUGACUGUUACGGACACACAGCAGCAUCUCAUGAAGGAUGUCUGAAGGAGGAAAGGAGCCCCAUUACACUGAAGGAUGGGGAGGGACAUGAGGAGGAGAAGAAACGUGUGAAGCUCGAGGAACAUCAUGAGGAAGAACAAGCAGGAAAGACAUCAGUGCUGAAAAGUGUGUCGGAGGCCGGGGAUGUGGCUGUUCCCAAGGAGAAGACAUUCCCUUGUGAGUUGUGUGGACGAAACCUCAAAAGUGAAUCGGAGCUGGAGCGCCACGCCUCUCGCCACGGAAUGUAGAAGCCUUCACGUACACGAACAACGGGCCAGAAACAUCGAAACGCUAAUUUCAAGACAUUUCGGAUUUCCUGCCUUUAAAAUGACAUUUUUUACAUUUUAAACAUUUUCUAACGGAACAUGUUUCUUUUAUGUUAAAUAUUAAGUUUUGUUUAGUAGAUUAAAUAAAGCUUUAGAAAACAGCCGUUAAAUGUCUGACAUUUUCAUUUAGCUCUCCGUUUUAGGACUUUCAUGUGAAGAAUAAGUCUACUACUGUACUGUAAAAAAACAAAAACAAAAACAAAAAAAAACGUAAUAUUUUAUUUUUUACCAAAAAAAAAACUGGACCAAACUCCAAAACCCUUAAGUGAUAUUGUUGCUUUCAAGAACUGUAGGACGUUUGUGCCUUGCUGUUUCGUCUCACACCAUGCAAACAAUAAUAAACUUUUGUUUUGUUUUUUUUACAUCGUGAUGUCGUUUUCAAUAAACUGAAUUGUUUUGUUCCAUUUCACACAUCUAUUUUAUGUCAUUUCGAAGAUCAAUAAAUGCUGCGUUACAGGCAUAACUGGAAAAUCCGA